AUGCCUACUGAAUGUGCCUUACAGGCCCGGACCCGACAGCGAGUAGUCAGCAGUGAACAUGACGAGAACACUGCCGUUCAGCCUCCACGUCUGACACGUGCUAAAGCCGCCGGCCUUUCCAGUGCUGAAGACCAUUCCUCCCAUGCAAAGAAAUCUCUUCAAACCAAAAAGUCUUCGACCGGUACAUUGCAUGGAAUCCAGAGACGACGUGCGUUAGGAGAUGUCACAAACGCAGCCAAGGGUGCAGAAGUAGUCCAAGAAGGCAAGAAGGCAGCGGGCAAUAAAGUAGGACUUCAGUCAAAGGUAGCACAGCCUACCACGGGCGGUGUCCAAAAGUUGUCGCGCACCAACGCAUCUCGCACGGCGCUGGGAGUCAAAGACAACAACGCCAAACCCAAAUCUUCGUCAGACAUGAAGAAGCCAGGAAGCGGCUCAGGUGUGCAUAGCAACGCUCAGAAGAGACGGACUCAAACUUCAACGUCAGCUGUUCCCUCAUCCAAAGAUGCCACCCCCGAUGUCGACGAGCCCCCUCGAAAGAAGUCCUGUACCGAAGAGGCUGUUGAAGAUGCUCAAGCUGAAGAGGCAUAUGACAUUGUCGCCGACCUGGAUGCGGAAGAUCUGGAUGAUCCAUCCAUGUGUGCCGAAUACGUUCGUGACAUCUUCGAAUACUAUUUCGCUCUGGAAGAGACGACCCAACCUAAUCCUAACUAUAUGGAUCACCAAGAUGAUCUCGAAUGGAAGAUGAGAGGCAUUCUGGUCGAUUGGUUGAUUGAAGUCCACACUCGGUUUAAGUUGUUGCCCGAAACCCUGUUCCUUGCCGUCAAUAUCGUCGAUCGGUUCUUGUCUCGGAAGGUUGUUCCUCUCAAUAAGCUGCAACUGGUAGGCAUUACCGCAAUGUUCAUUGCCUCCAAAUAUGAAGAGGUCUUGUCGCCUCAUGUUGGCAACUUUGUCCAUGUCACCGACGAUGGCUUCACCGCCGAAGAGGUUCUCAGUGCUGAACGCUACACCUUGGCUACCCUCCAGUACGAUUUGAGUUAUCCCAACCCCAUGAACUUCUUGAGAAGAAUCUCCAAAGCCGACAGUUACGACAUUCAGACCCGAACUCUGGGAAAGUAUUUGAUGGAGAUCAGUCUCGUGGAUCAUCGUUUCUUGGAAUACAAACAGAGCCAUAUUGCCGCUGCUGCCAUGUAUCUUGCUCGCCUGAUACUGGAACGUGGCGCAUGGGACGCAACUCUUACCAAGUUCGCUGGUUACUCCGAAGAGGAGAUCUGGCCUGUUUUUCACCUCAUGGUCGACUACCUUGAAGCCCCUGUCGCUCAUGAGGCAUUGUUCAAGAAAUAUGCAAGCAAAAAAUUCCUCAAGGCAUCGAUCGUAGCAAGAAAGUGGGCAAAGGACUAUGGUGCUAGCCGUCGAACUGGUCGCCCGCAACUCUUUGACAGCAAGAUAGCACAAUAG